UUGUCUUUGCACAACAAUAAUUUUCGGGGCUUGAUACCAUCGUCUCUUAAAAAUUGCCAAAAUCUACUUCUCUUGGACUUUUCGACCAACAACCUCAGCGGUCAUGUACCCCGAGAAAUUAUGGGCAUCUCAUCUUUGUCGAUUUACCUUGACUUGUCUCAAAAUAAUCUUAUUGGCCCCAUUCCAGAAGAAGUUCGAAAAUUGAAAAAUCUUGGCAAACUAUAUCUUAACGGGAACAGAUUAUCUCAACAGAUUCCAAGCAGUAUAGGCAAUUGUAUAAACAUGGAACGCCUAUAUGUACAGGAUAACUUCUUUGAAGGGCCCCUACCAUCCAUUAUGAGUUACAUGAGAGGCCUUCAGGUUUUGAAUGUUUCCAACAACCAAUUGUCCGGCCAAAUCCCAAAAUUUCUAGAGUCGCUAAAUCUGACGAAUUUGAGCCUAUCUUACAACAAUUUCGAGGGUGCAUUGCCUACAGGAGGAGUUUUCAAAAGUGUCAUUUCAACUUCGGUUGUUGGAAACAAGAAGCUUUGCGGGGGUCUCCCAGAUUUUCAACUACCCAAAUGCUACUACAAAGAGUCAAAAUGGAUGAGAAUAAGUAGAAUUGCAAAAAUUCUUAUAUCUAUAGUCUCUGCUCUUGUUGGAGUAGCCUGCAUACUGUCUUUGUUAUACUUCUUCUGGUUUAGACACAAUAAGAAUGCAUUAGCUUCAAGCUCUUCUGAAGACAGACUUUUGCAUGUUUCUUAUCACAAUCUACUAAAAGCGACAUGUGGAUUCUCCUCCGCCAAUCUGCUUGGUGUGGGAAGUUUUGGGUCUGUGUACAAAGGGCUGCUUGAUCAAACUCAGUCGGUUGUGGCCAUCAAGAUUCUCGACCUUACAUGUGAUGGAGCUUCCAAUAGCUUCAUAGCCGAGUGCGAGGUCUUGAGAAGAAUCCGACACCGUAAUCUCGUGAAGGUACUCACGGCAUGUUCUGGGUUUGAUUUUAAUGGAAAUGAUUUCAAGGCACUGGUCUACGAAUUCAUGUCGAACGGAAGCUUGGAUGAGUGGCUGCACCCAACAGCAUCACAAUACACAGAGAGAAACAAGUUGAGUCUACUUGAGAGAGUCAAUAUUGCAAUCGAUGUUGCUUGUGCACUAGAUUAUCUUCAUCAUCACUAUGAAAUGCCAAUAGUUCAUUGUGAUCUAAAGCCAAGUAAUGUCCUUCUUGACGAUGAAAUGAAUGGACAUGUAGGCGAUUUUGGGCUUGCCAGGUUCCUUCCAGAAGCAACACAUAAGUUGCUAGUCGAUCAAUCGAGCUCUAUCGGAGUAAACGGAUCUUUUGGCUACGUAGCUCCAGGUAAUGAAGCAUACCUUGGGUCAUUCAGUUUGUUUCUUUGAACACAUAAUUGUAGAUAGAUCCUUAAAGAAAAAAGGCAUAGA